CUCUUUGUGUCACAGAAACCUGUAGAUCAACUUUUCAUUCAAAUCUGGACUUGUGCCAUUACGUAAACACGGUACGUGGCCUUUAAUGACGGGCGUGGCGUCCUCGCGUUUAUCUGCUGCUUCCUCGCUGCUCGAUGCGGAAGGAAAACAGAGAGCUCUGAAUUCCUCGGAACUAAACCAGACCCGAGGCAAGUUUUCAAGGAUUUUGUGCAGGAAGUGAAGUAUUUGACUCUCUGGGUCCAUAAGAAUUACCAUGUGGCCAAACCAAGGUCCACCUGCCCCAAUGGGCCCUCCAAACCCAGCUUACCCUCCUGCUUACAACCCCGCAUAUCCUGCUGCUCCGCCUCCAGGAGUCUUCCCUCAGCCUCCACAUCCAGCGUAUCCAGCAGGCCAGUACCCAGCCAGUAUGAAUCCUGGCAUGGUACCACCAAAUGCACUUCCGGGGGCAAUGCCUUACAGAGCUCCAGGGCUUCAGCCCUAUCCUGUAGCUCCAGGUGGAUAUCCAGCUGUCCCUCCUGCAGGUGUUUACCCAGGCCCUUACCCACACUCUCCUAAAGGCCACAAAGGUCAUAAAGAUCACAAAGGUCAUAAAGGUCACAAAGGUCACAAAGGUCACUGUCAUGGAGGGAUGAACCCGAUGAUGGGAGCGCUAGGCGGGGGAUUGGCAGGAGUGGGAAUGGGAAUGGCUGGACAUAAAGUCCACAAAAAGAUGAAGAAGAUGAAGAAAUUACACAAGGUGCACAAGCAUGGACACCAUGGCAAGUCCUCCAGCAGUAGCAGCAGCAGCAGCAGUAGCAGCAGCAGUGACUCAGAAUGAGGCCAAAGGUUCAAGACAAGGCAGUAACGGAAACAAUGCUGUAGAAAAGGGCAAUUUGACUGUUAACACUGAGCAUGCUAAAGUCAUGCUUAUCACUUUAAAAAGGAAAACAGAAAAUAAUUGUCUUAUCAUUUAUUUUAAUGACUUAUCAAACUAUAAGUAAACAUCCCCUACAUUUGUGGCUGUACUGCAUUCCAGCAUAUAUUAUAUGAGUUUAUGCAUUUCCUUUCUUUUUUUAACUAUUAUGCUGAUUGAAUGACUCUAUAUUGGUGUUUGUCUAAUGGUAAAAGUAUACUAAAAUAGAAAUAUUUUUGAGAGGGAUUACAGCAAUGUGUUACCUGUCCAAAUGGACAUCUUUGUUUUGAUGUCAAAUGUGAUCUAAUCAAAUGUAUUUUUUCACAGGGAGAGGUAGAGAGUGACACAAAUGUUUGUAGAGACUACUUUAGACUUACUGUUUUUAAUUUGAUGAUCACUGUAUCAUAAGACUGCAGAAAAACUUUUUCUGCAUUUCUCUGUUAUAUCUGCACUACUUGUAACAUUAUGUUUUAAAGGGUAUUAAAGUAAUCCUGCUUAAUAAAUAAAUGGAUAUAUG